AGGCUGGGUUUACUGCGUGUGUGUGUGGUGUGUGUGUGUGCGCGUUUUACUGUUUUGCAUGUAUCUGUUUGUAUGACUGCGUACAUGUGAACGUCUAAUUUUUCUGCCAUGUCGACAUCCGGAACACUGACUAGUUACUACGUCGAUUCCCUCAUUCUGCCCGAGAGCGAGGAGCUCUCUGUGCCGAGAUAUCCCCCCGGCCCAGGGCUCCAACACGGCAGACAGUCCGCCUCCAUCAGCGACCACAGCGAGCUUGGUACCUGCACCUUCCCGUCUAAACCUCCGGUGUUCGGGCCGUCAUGGAGCCACGUUCCUGCUCAGUUCCCUGGCACAGUUUCCUCUGUGUAUCACCACUAUGGGCAUCCUCAGGGCCCGAUCGGUGCAGAUACAGAUGGCCGCUAUCAGUCGUGGUUGCUGGAGCCCAUGUCCGGUUCUCUGCCCAUGGCCGGAUUACCGACGACCCAUCACUACGGAAUCAAACCGGAGGGUCUGGGGACGCGAGCUGACGGCGCGCUGCCCGGCUCACACACGGCGCUGCUGCUCUCUGAUUACGCCAACGGGACGGUGGCGACGGCAUCACCGGUGGAAAAGGACGCACUCUCGGGCCAAGCAGGGGACAUGAGCGGGGAAGCUGAAGAGAAACCGGGCCUUGAUCCAAGUCGCUCGGUACCGGGCCCUUUACACCAGUGUCGCACCCCACUCUUUCCAGAUAACCCAGUGUCCAACUGGCUCCACGCGAGUGCCACGAGAAAAAAGCGCUGUCCGUACACCAAGCACCAGAUCCUGGAGCUGGAGAAAGAGUUCCUCUUUAACACCUACCUGACCAGGGACCGUAGGUACGAGGUGGCGAGGCUGUUAAACCUCACCGAGAGACAGGUUAAAAUCUGGUUCCAGAACCGCAGGAUGAAGAUGAAGAAGUUUAAUAAAGACGGCGCACCGAAAGACGAGUGACUGAACCGAAAAACAGUAUUUAGGCUGUUAGCGAGCUUUGUGUGUGGAAGCUCUUUGCUGGACCUUGUUUUUAAACUUCCUUGUCUUAUUGUUCUAUAUAACAGAAGCUAUUAAGCUUAUGUGUCUUGUAAAAAAAGCAUGUUGGGCUUCAGUUUGAUGCGACUACCUUUAUAUUGCACAAUUUUAACAGUGCCCAAUCGUUCUUUUAUUUGUUCUUAUGUUGAUUUUAAAUAAUACCUCGUUAAAGUGUAUUAGUUGGCCUGGUCCAUGUGCUUGUUUGUGUAUGGAUGUUUCUAGCUGUGUGUGUUCUGGUUUGUAGCUAUAUUUGUUGUCUAUCUCACAGUCACCUGAGCGUAUAGUUUGUAAAAACGUAUUAAUUUUAUUGCUGUUUCUCCCUUACUGCUAGAACUAUGACUGAUGACCAUGAGUUUGAAUCUAACAUCGGAACCGUAGAAAAACAGACUGAACGCAUUUCGAAGUAUAGGUGCAGAAACCUCAGACACCUCUUGAAAAUACUAAAUUAAAAGAUGUUAUAUUAUAUGCUAUAUUACGUGACACGGUUGACUACCUAUGUCUUUCAACUACCUACAAUAACCUAUUUUUUUCGAUGGCGGAUUAUAGUUGCUUUGCUUGCAUUAGAUGCUGAACUAUGAAUUUCAGGGAGUAACAUUUUGAAAGAUAAUAAUGUUAGUGAGAGAAAAUAAAUAAAACACUGUAGGCUACUUAUUGAAUACCUCACGGUCUGUUGACCGUCUGACCUUUGGUUCACAAAUGUAAUUUGUACUUUAUUUAUUAAAUAAAACAAAUUAUAUCUGCGAAUGCAUGCACGUUAGAUUCUUAUUUAAUGUUGGCGUCACAUCGAAAUACAUGAUUUUAUAAUAUCUUUUUUUGUUUUUUGUUUAUUGGUGCUUCAUGGCACUGCCAGAAAAUAUGGUUACUGUUGUCAACUUGAUAUCCACACAAACAACAUCACACAAGGUACAUAUACAAACAUUUUGGAUACUUGAUUAAAAUAUUCUUUAUAAAUAUGUCAGGCAUUUCAAAUUUGCAGUUUUACACACACACACACACACACACACACACACACACACACACACACACACACACACACACACACACACACACAUUCUCUAAUUAAAACGCACACACCUAUAGGUGAAAGUCUGUGUGUGUGUGUGUGUGUGUGUGUGUGUGUGUGCGGAUUGGGGACAGAGCUGUGUCUUGGCAGAGGAUGUUGUUAGCUGUAUACAUGCCAUAAAAGACAAUUACCGCUAUAACCUUUUAUGGGGUGCAAAGCGCUGCGAGGCGAGAGGAUACAAAACAAAAAAAAGACAUCGGGGCUUCGACAGCUGAAGCUCAAAAUAAUGCAGCCGAUGUAUUCAGCUCAGAUAUGACACGGCCGCUCAGCCUAAAGCCCCAUUAGAGCUAUCUUGACAGUAACAAUUUACAUAUAUUUAUUUGAUAAUGUAUAAUAAUGUGAACUCUAACAGAAUUUAAAACGCAAAGUGACCUCAGUCAAAACGGUUUUAGAGAAGAGGUCUAGGUCUUGUGUUAAAAUAUGGCCCCUGCGUUUGUAAGGCCGGUUCAAGUCUCUGCACGUCGGCGAAAAUAUUUGACACAAAGACAUAGAAAAUACGCAGAAGAAGCUAAUCCACUGUGAUCUUUAGAUGCAGAGCUGCUAUAUCUGAUGGUCGACCAGGGUCUAGGCGCGCCUCUGUCACAUAACCCAGCUCCUUUAGUUCUCAUUAGAGGCCGUGCAGAAACUGAUUUUUUAGUUAGCAGGCAAGUCGGACUGGAGUGCUGUUGUGACGCGUUAGGGGACGCAGAUGGACCCAAACUUCAAAGACUCGACCAGAGACAGUGCAAUAAAACGCCUGGUCUGCUAUACUGUCUGGCAUUCCAGUUUUAAUGGCUUUAUGGCCGUCCAGACACAAUUAGGCCGUUUCCAGAAUGGCACCCAUUUGUUUUUCCUUCCCUUUCUGUGGGACUGCGCUCUGGACAAAAGGCCUAGCGGAAAUGAUCAGCUUUAUUGGAUUCUCCCCGACGGAGACGCGCAGGACUCACGGUCAUUUGGAGUGAUCCUUUGUUUCUACCUGGGAACCUUCCGCCCUCUGCUCCUUUACUGGGCCCGUCCUAAAGGAGAAGGAGCAAUAAACCCAGCAGCUAGUUUCAGACACAGUAGUAGGCCUUUAGCUAGAUGAUUCUUUUUCAAAAUCCAUCUGGUCUGCAAAAAGACACCAGCGCUUUGAUUAAAAUUACAACCGAGGAGACAUAACGUUACCUUUUAAGCGUCAUUUCUCUUACGUUUGUAUUUAUUCCCGGAUUGCAGCAGAAAGAGAACACGCCUGCGCACUGCUGCCUCCACACCCUGCAAACCUUGCAUGUCACCAGAGGGUGGUGACACUGUUCCACAACAUCACCCUAACACUUCUCCCUAAUGAACCUGCAAUGGGGAACUGUAGUAAUGUUUAAGAGUCCAGCAAAAAAUAUUUCACACCUUUUUUACAGUCUCAGUGCAAAAGCUGCUUCUACAGCCUGCGGCUCUGCGGGGAAGAAUGAAACAGCCAGCAAAGCAGCCAGCAAGGCUGUUUCAUUCUUCCCCGUGACUGCUAUAGAUUACUGCUUUUGGCCACAUGUAGCCUUCUGUUCAGGGUUUUUUUGUUCUCAGAUGUUUCUAUUUAAUCAUUUUAAAUGUAUUUAAACUUGUUAAAUUGUAUUGUUAUUAAGGCUAACAUGACAUCUUAACAGUUUUCCUUUUUGCAUUUAUGAACCUAGAUUAUAGCCUAGAUUUAAAUGUCCAAUCUAAGAUGUUUUAAUUGAAGUUACAAUACACAAAACACAAUCGGCUGGCUGUGUAACGCAAUUAUAAACAACAGUUUUCCAUUUUCAAUAUUGGUUAUAGUAAUAAUUGUUUUGUUUUCCUUCUUCCUCCUAUUUUCAGUUUAAUUUGCUUUCUUUUAUCUUUGUGUGUCUAUGCUCAAUGCUAAAGUAUUGCUAUGGUCCAUUUAGGUAACAUUGUAAUAUCAGUAAGAAAUGUAGGAUUAUUAUUAUUAUUAUUAGUAGUAGUAGUACUAGUAGUAGUAGUAGUAGUGGUAUUAUACUUUUGCAAAUUAAAAAGGUUUCAUUUAUUUCCCUGCCAAAUUAUCACCACAAAAAUCACAUAGUAAGUGCAUAGUAUUCAAAACUAUCAUGU